GCUUAUUGGGGACUGGACAUUCCUCGGCGCGGCUCAAGCGCGAGAAGGAAGCACAUCGUCGUCGUUCGCUGUCUCGACAGACGAUACGAAGUAACAGAGACCUCUGGAUGACUGGAAGGACUCAUCGGGGCUCCGCUGUCACCCGCGGCGUCCAUGGACCGCAGAUCCCGAACCAACCGCAUCGGGUGGUGGUGUGCGGAGGCGGCAUCAUUGGCCUCACGACCUGCUAUUACUUGGCGCGCCGAGGUCAUGAAGUUGUAUGCAUUGAGCGGGAAUCGCGGGUCGGCAUGAUGGCGUCGUACAAGAACGGGACGUUCUUCGACUCGACCUUGUACAGCAGCUGGGCCGACUUGUCGUUGUUGUACAAGAAGCACAUGCACCAAGCGAAAUCUGCCAGCAAGGAGAAGGGCUUCCGCGUUGAAGCGGCGGCUUGGAUUGACCCUGCGUUUUGGGCAUGGGGGCUCAAGUUCAUGACGAACGCCACGAGCAAGCGCGCCAAGGAGAACGGCCGCAAGAUCCGCGAGCUCGGGUUCUAUAGCCAAAGGAAGCUGCAGGAGUUGCUGCGCAUGCACCCAGAGAUCGAAGACGAGAUGGAGCCAACGGCGCAAGGGACGCUCGAGGUAUUUCAGACCAAGGAAGAGAAAGAUGACGUUCUCGAGAGUGACCGAAUCAAGCACUGCGAGGAGUUGCACUUCCCGCUGCAACCGCUCGACCCGGAUGAAGCCGCCGACAUCGAGCCCGCAUUGAAGCGCUCUGUUUUUGCUCCUGGCGCUAUUUUCUCACCCACCGGCACCAACGGCGAUGUCCACAAGACGUGCAAUGCGCUCGCGGUGCUGUGCAAGCAGCACGGAGUCAUGUUUCGCAUGAGCACAGAGGUCCAGGACAUCCUGGUGGUCGACAACCGCGCGGUGGCGAUUCAAGUUGACAACGGGGACCUCAUCGAGGGCGACAGCUUCGUUCUGGCGCUGGGAAACCAUACCGCCGCCGUCGCCAAGCUGGCCGGCGUCAAGCUCUAUGUCUAUCCAGUCAAGGGGUAUGUCCUGACCGUGCCGCACCAUCCGCAGUUCCCGUCCCUGAAAUGCAAUAUUUAUGCCGGCGGCAAUGCCCUCGUGUCGCCAUUGCGCGGCGACGGCAUCCGCAUCAGCGGCGGCGCCGACUUUGCCGGGUUCAACUACAAGAGCGACCCAAAGCGCGUCGAGUGGCUCCUCAAGCAGGCCAAGGGGGUGUUUCCCGAUGGCUACCUGGACGAGUCCCAGGUUGAAACGCACGUGUGCCUGCGGCCCGUGAGCGCCGACGACGUCCCGCUCAUCGGGCAGACGACCGUCGACAACCUGUUUGUCAACUCGGGCCAUGGGUCCAAGGGAUGGAGCUUAUCGUUUGGGUCGGCGGCCAUCUUGGCCGACCAGAUCAGCGGCCGGACCCCCGACAUCAACAUUGAAGCGUACUCGCCGUGCCGGUUUGGGUUGUUUUAGGAGAGAGAGAGAGAUCGGUGUGCGUGUGGUGUGUGCUGUACUAACUUAACUUGGCGCUGUCGGAGCUCGCUGUGAUGCGUCAAGAGGAGAUGAGUCGACCUGGUGCACGAGCGAGCGGGUCGUCGG